AUGUCUAAGCAGCUAUCAACCAUUCUGUCGACAACCGUGGCCCUGCUGGGGCAGUUCCAAGACGCCCUCUCCGCAACCUCGGCCGCCGGCCGCGCCGAAACACCCAAAGAUGCCGAAGCCCUGCCCCUCUUAUCGGCAUCCUCGGCCGCUCUCAAAGCGCAGGUCACGAAACUCUCGCUGCUAGCUAUCUCCUCCCCCUUCACACAUACCGCCGUGACCGGUGUGAUCCGCGACCUGAAUGACUCGGUCCUUCCCUCGCUUGUCACCGCCGCCCUCCUCGUGACUCCGACCCAAUAUACCAAAGCGUUCCAUUCCGAGAUCUUAGUUCUGUCGAAAACCGCCCUAACCGAACUCUCGACUCUGGUGCAGGAGGUCCAGCGGGUCGCAGACCAGAAGGACCGCGCAAAGAAGGAGAACCCGGCAAAGAAAGAAGCCGAGCUGACCCAGUUCGAGAAGGACGCCGUAACACUUGCCACGGGUCGCGUGUGGGAUGCGUGCGAGACAGUGACGGAUGUUGCGACGAAGGGGGUCGUAGGAUUCGUCAUGCGACGCGUCGAGCAAUGGAGGGACCUCGUGCGAGACGCAAUUGAAGAGAUCGAAGAGUGGGACCCGAACGAAGAGGGCGAUGCGUUCUUCGACGAUCUCAUGGGCGAUGACGAUGCCAAGGCGAGAGAUGAUGAUUCCGAAGACGACGAUGAAGACACUGCUGCUUCACACGAACAGAAGAAGUCUACCAUUCGCUUUCUCAAGCCCAUCGCCCAAGUAUAUCCCGCGAUCAUUAACAAUCGACUCAAAAAAGCGGGGACGACACCUUCGUCUUCGCUGUCGGGUGUUACGAGGCUGCAGUCUUUGAUGGCGAGCCUGCAACCCAUUCCGGAUCACGUCGACGAAGCUGCCGGCGCUCUCUAUGAGGCCAAUCUAGCCAAGUCGGCCCGAUUCCUGGUGCGUACGAAGAAGUGUGCCGUGCAGGCGGUAAAUGUGGUUAUGGCCCCCUGGGAUGCUGCCAAUGGAGCGAACGGUCAGACACAAGCGGAAGAUAAAUUUACAGUAUGGUCAAAAACAUGGCUCAAAGUCGUGGACGAGGUCAGUAAACCGAUCGAUGCUGCUGCAGGGCCUGAAUAG